ACACACACAUCAUCCUCUCCGAUUCCAAAAUUCUCUGCUCAAUCUCUUCAUCAACUCUUCUUCCAUUUUCAUUGCAAUUUGCAACCACCUUCUUCUCCUUCUUCUACCUCCAUAAUCUCAGGAACAAUCUAAAGCUUGUGAUCUUCAUCAAGAUUUCAACAACACUCUGUUUCAUGGCGAUUGAAGCUUCGAGUUUCAAAUAUGAAGAGGAAUUCAUCGUAAACUCGAAAGGAUUGGAGCUCUUUACGUGUCGCUGGCUACCUGUUGAUUCUGAACCUAAAGCUUUGAUCUUUCUUAACCAUGGCUAUGGCAUGGAAUGCAGCGUCUCCAUGAGAGGAGUUGCUUUAAGGCUUGUGAAGGCAGGAUUUGCAGUUUACGGAAUUGAUAACCAAGGCCAUGGGAAAUCAUCCGGGAUUCAGGGUUUCAUCCCGAACUUCGACGAUCUCGUCACCGAUUGUUCCGAAUUUUUCACAAGCAUUUGUGAAAAGAAAGAAAAUAAAAGAAAGAUGAGAAUAUUGCUUGGAGAAUCCAUGGGAGGAGGAAUGGUUCUCCUGUUACAUAGAAAGAACCCAGAGUAUUGGGAUGGUGGAGUCUUGGUGGCACCCAUGUGUAAGAUUGCAGAAGAUAUGAAGCCACCUCAAUUGGUGAUUAAUGUGUUGAUGCAACUUGCAAAAGUAAUCCCGACAUGGAAGAUUGUCCCUGGCAAAGAUAUCGUUGAUCUUGCUUUUAGAGAUCCUAAAAUCAGAGAGGAGGUUCGUAACAACCCAUUAUGUUAUAAAGGCCGAUUACGCUUGCAGACUGCCAGUCAGUUGCUAAACGUUAGUCUAGAUCUUGAAAAGAGACUCCAAGAGGUGACAUUUCCGUUUUUUGUUGCCCAUGGAGAAGCGGACAGGGUGACAGAUCCAACGGUGAGCAAGCUAUUAUAUGAAACUGCUUCAAGCUUCGACAAGAAGUUUCAGUUGUAUCCAGGAAUGUGGCAUUCUCUCACGUACGGAGAGUUUGAGGAGAACAUUGAUAUGGUGUUUACAGAUGUUAUUAGUUGGAUUGACGAGAGAAUUUCUAGUGGAAACUCGAGAUUGGAGAGAGAACAAAAGCGUGCAAACGAUGAGUUCGAUAUGGAUGGGUCGAGCAAUGCGAAGAUGAUGGAUUGACAUGAACACGAUACAUAUGGUUGAAAACUAUAUGUUUUUCUCAAUUCUACUUACACUGCGAAGUCACAAAAAUUAAACACAAGUGCAUAUCAUGCACUGCUUCGAUAUGAGUUGGUUAAUAUUGUUCACUACCAAUUCUUUUAUUAGUUCUCGUAUCACAUCAAGUAUUUACAUAAACAUAUAAUAUUUAA